CGCUCAUUGAUACCUUCCUUUGUUCCGCUUCUCAGACUCCUAUUUAUCUUCUGCUUCGAGAUUUCCGCAUUACAUCAAUUCUCAAUCACCAGCUCCUUAUCUCCAACCCUAAAACUCCUCUUUCCUCUCUGCGGGAAUAUAUUCUAGGGUUUCUGCAUUGUGCGCUACUUUUCCAUCCCUCCUUUACAGCUCAAUCUGUGCAUGCGUGUAUGAAAAGUCUCAAAUUUAGUAUUCGAUUUGGGGUUCGUUGAAUCGUUAGACGAGAAAAGAUGUCAAGAAACGCAAUUCAAUCUUCCUGGAAUUCAAUUUCGCAAAAACACAACUUCUUCGGCCGCGAAUUCCUGUUCGGGAGGAUGAUUAAUUCGUAUUCCGUCGCCUCUGAAGCGUUUUCCGAACGUCUCGUUCUUUGAUCCCUAAUUUUCUUCUGUAGCUCGGAGCUCCGAAAUCCGUCCGUCGGCGAAUUGACCUUUGUUGCGGAGAUGGAUGAGUUUGCGUGUCCUUCCACGAGGAAGGGAACGUUAGAAGCUUCUGAGUCUGACGUUGUCGAAGUAUCCCCUAACAAGCGAUAUCUCAGGUAUAAUGAAAUCCUGGGCAGAGGAGCAGUUAAGACUGUCUACAAGGGGUUUGAUGAAACCAAUGGAAUUGAGGUGGCAUGGAACCAAGUCUGCUUAAAUGAUGCAUUACAGACUCCUGAGAAUUUGGAAAGAUUGUACACGGAGAUUCACUUGCUGAGGUCAUUGAAGCAUGAUAAUAUUAUCAAAUUGCAUUCCUCCUGGGUUGAUACUGAGAAGAAAACAAUCAACAUGAUCACUGAGUUAUUCUGCUCUGGAAGUUUGAGGCAAUAUCGGAAGAAGCAUAAGGUUGUCGAUAUCAAGGCCAUCAAGAAAUGGGCCCGACAGAUUCUCCAAGGCCUACAUUAUCUCCACACUCAGAAUCCACCUGUUAUUCAUAGAGACUUGAAGUGUGAUAAUAUCUUCAUUAAUGGGAAUAGCGGUGAAGUUAAAAUAGGAGAUCUUGGAUUGGCUACGAUGAUGAUGCAGCCUACUGCCACGAGUGUUGUUGGUACUCCUGAAUUCAUGGCACCUGAGCUCUACGAUGAAGAGUAUGACAACCUUGUUGACAUUUACUCUUUUGGCAUGUGCUUAUUGGAGCUGAUAACAAGUGAAUACCCAUACAGUGAAUGUAUUAAUCCUGCACAAAUCUUCAAAAAAGUUACCUCGGGGAGAAAGCCAGCGGCUCUUGAUAAAGUUAAAGAUCCCGAAGUGAAGCAAUUUAUUGAAAAAUGUUUGCUCCCUGCUUCUCAACGGUCAAGUGCAGCAGAACUAUUGAAAGACUCGUUCCUUUCUUCCGCUAGUUCAACGGAACUUGGUUUUGGUACUUUAAUGAGCUCAAGCUAUACAUCAAAAUCCAUAGGCUUGCCAAGUUCUGAAUCUCCCUUGGUGGACAUUGCUUCUUCAUCCAGAAUGUCUAGUAGGCCUGGUCAUGCAGAAAGUAAGAGCGGGACACUCCAAAGUUUACUCCCUGCUUCUCAACUGUCGAGUGCAGUAGAACUAUUGAAAGACCCAUUCACUUCUUCUGCUAGUUCAAUGGAACUUGGUUAUGGUCCUUUACUGAGCUCAAGCUCUACGUCAAAAUGCAUAGGCUUGCCAAAGUCUGAAUCUCCCUUGGUGGACACUGCUUCUUCAUCCAUAAUGUCUAGUAGGCCCGGUAAUGCAGAAAGUAAGAGUGGGACACCCCAAAACUUUGAGUUUCUGAGCUGCAGUGAGAAGAAUGAGUUUAGAUUAGAAGGGGAUUUGUGCGACGAAAAUUCAAUUUCCUUGCAUAUGCGAAUUGCUGACUCUGGUGGUAAAGUGAGAAAUAUUGAUUUCAUGUUCUACCUUGAAAGUGACACAGCUCUCUCAAUUGCUGGUGAGAUGGUAGAACAACUUGAGUUGUCAAACGAAGAUGUGACUGUAAUAGGUGACUUGAUUGAUAGCUUGGUUUUAAAACUUGUCCCAAACUUGAAGCCAUCUUGUAAAAGUUUGGGUGCUGCAAACAGCUCAUAUGGCAGGUUGACUACAAAUCCCAUUUCUACAAGCUCUCUUCCGAAGAAUGAAUCAAAAGGGGAUGUCAGCCAAGGAACCACUGAACAGAUAGUCUUUCCCGAUAAAAGCAUCAAAGAAUUUGUCCAACCAUCCUUGAAGCUUGAUGAGCAUGAGAAAACAUUUAGAUCUGUUGAUGAAGAAUGUUUGGUGAAUGCCAACCCUAGCAGUACUAGUUUGGGCAUUUCUUCUCUCUCUUUAGCAGAAAAGGAUCACGAGGGAGAUGCCUUGAAGCGAGAAAUGGAUGCUUUUGAUAUGCAAUAUCUACAACAUUGCCGUGAACUUGUGAGGAAGAGGCAGGAGUCAAUCGGAAAUUGCAGGAGGAAAUGGAUUACAAAAAGGAAGAGACGCCUUCUGAUGGUUCAUCUAUAGCUUCAUAGUUUCUCAAACAAAUGUACUUUUUUUUUACUUAUUGUGAUUUAGUUGCCAUCUGGGAAAUUUUUUGUUCCUUUUGGUAAAAAAAAAUGGGUCGCUUUCUCAAUGAUCAAUUGAUCAGGGUGAGCCUUUAUGAUGUAUUGACAUUAUUUUCUUGAUUUGUAUCUUGUCAGUGUGUUUAGUUAUUUUGAUUUAGUUGCCAUCGGGAAAUUUUAUUGUUCCUUUUGGUCCAAGAAAAUGACUCAAUGAUCAGGGUGAGCCUUUAUGAUUUAGUGACAUUGUUUUCUUGAUUUGAAUCUUGUCA